AUGUUUGCUAAUAAAAGAACAGAAAAUGGCUCCACGAACUUGACGGACGACACAGCUUAUCUUAUCAAGGAAUUGGGACAACCCCUGAGGGAGGCCCUAAUUGAGGUUGCUAUCAAGAAACCGCGGGAUCCCAUUGAAUUUAUCGCCCGUUUUCUUCAGCAUGGGGUGGAAACGAGGGAAUACGAAAGACAGGCUGAGGAAGAUUUUCGACUGGAGCAAGAGUUUGAAAGGGAACUGGCAGAAAAGCGUGCCAACGCACUUCGACUGAACAACGAACGCAAGACGAUUGAAGCCGAAAAGAUGGCCAAGGUACCUCUGUUUCUAAAAGCUCAGAACGUUUGCCAAAUAAAAUCGAACGUACUGCAUAGGUCGAUUUUCAGCGUAAUUAGGAGUUAG